AUGUCUUCAGCUCUCGCACCCGCCGUCUUCCUAGGAGCACAGCUCAGCUCCUCUACGCAGACCCAGGACACUGCACAGCCCCAGCAUGCAGACGAUCCCAACUGGCCGGCUCUCGAUUGGACCGACAUCAACUUCAAUGAAAAGGGAAGUUGGACGGAUCAAGAGCUAGGAAAGCUCGCGCGCCAUCUUUCUCGGUGUCGCUCCGACCAAGCCCUAUUCAUGGAGCGGAGACCAGACCGGAAAGAGGAUCCCAAGACGAUCAGGCAGCGCGAAGAUCGUAGCAUAGCAAUCAUCGAGAGGCUAUUUCCGCGUCGAUUCGCCGGUCGCAAGCCAAAGGAGUUCGGUGAGAUGGUCUACAAUCAGGUGCAACACAUGCUUCGACAUCGAAUACCCGACUACUAUAGAAACAGAGACAUGAAAGGCGCAUUUGACCUUACCCACGCCCAGCUCGGCGAGAUCAAAAACCACGGAAACGACCACGGCGACUAUCCCGGAGAUCCAAAGCGGGACUUCUGGAAGCUCUUGGAGUUGGAGGCACUUGUGCCGUGGUUCAAGGACCUCAACGACCUGCGCUUGAAGCGAGCACAACAAAGUCGAUUGGAGAGCCUCCAACUUACGUGUGUCGAUGCCGCUACGGAUGGUGAGCCACAAGGCUUGCAACCGACAGCUUCUGCUCAUCAGAAUCAACCAGCGGAUACUACCAGCCAAGGCACUUCGCGCACAGAAGAGUCAGUUCCGACCUCAGUCACCGCACACGUUCCGGAAUGGUCUGCUAUCGGCGAAGCUCUAUCGAGCGCGGCUUCGCGAGUCAGCGAGGCGCAAGCUCUGAUGAGGAUUUUGGAGCAAAAGCCGCAAGGUAUACCAGGCACCGGACUUUCGUCAGCGCAACGUCAGCGCUUGGAUGAAGAAGAAGAGCAGCUCCACACCGAACGCCUCGCAAUCGCGCGAAGAGUCAAAGAGGAUGUUAGUAAGCAAGAGAAAACGAGUUACCAACGCAAGCUCAAGCGGGCCGAGAUUCGCAUCGAGAAGGCGUAUGAGCGCAAAUGGAGGAGGAAGUUCGAAGCCAGCGAGGCAGAGACGCAAGCAAGGCAAAUGAAUUACGAACGUCAGUACCAGGAGCUGUGCGAUAGAGAAGAAUAUGUCUGUCAUAGACUACUACAAGAGCAUGAAGCCAGGGAGGCGGAAUCAAGGCAGACAAUCGAGAAGCUAAAGGCCAAGCUCAAGCAAGCUUUGACUGUACGUGACUGCGAGAUCGAUCGCAAUCGCCGCAUUAUCUCUGACAGCGAUAGCGAGUCGGAGCUCUCAGCACCUGGAACCAGCACAGAGUGCCCUCUGCCUGGAUGGGGAACUGAGUACACUCGAUCGGCUUCGUAUGGCGAUCAUCAGGCUCAGCAAUGCAAGUUAGAGGGCGGUGAUUCGGCUGAGCGCGUGCCUGGCAGCCCAUCCAAUACUCAUCAGAGAACAAAACGCUGGGUGUCGCACGUCGACGAUUCGAUUAGCAGAAUUCAGAAGCGAUCAAGGGUCCUUGAUCAUGGCCCGCGCAUGUCAUCAGAACCGGCAAGGCCAAGAUCAUGUAA